AUGAAGAAAUCCAAGGGAGCAAAGAAAUCAGAAGGCGAACUAGAUGGGGUUGAUAUGAUCAGUAACUUGCCGGAUCAUCUUCUUCACUUGAUUCUUUCACGUCUUGAAGGUACACAACAGUCAAUUAGAAGCAGCAUUUUGUCAAGAAGAUGGAGGUAUUUGUGGACUUCAGUUCCCUCCAUAGACAUAAAUUAUGCCCAUCAACUGAAUCAUCUCCCAGAAUGGAAUAGUAACAGAGAGUUUGUGUAUUGGGUUUUCCUAAACAAACCCCAACAUUUGGAAAGUUUUCGCUUAUGGUGUGCGAAUUUCAACAGUAUGUUAACCAUAAGGCAUUGGAUUCAUGCUGCUGUUAUGAGAAAAGUCAAACUACUUGACUUGAUGUUUUGCCCAAUAGACGAGUCUGAGGAUAUUCAGGUGCCCCAUUCUCUAGUGACUUGUGCUUCGUUGGAGGUGUUAAAGUUGUGUUUGCUCGGGUUUCGUCUAUGUUUGCCUAAUAUUAUAGGGUUUCAGGCACUUAGGGUUCUUGAGUUGACCCAAGUUGACUUAUUCGGUGAUGAUUUAUUAAAAUAUUUUCUUGAAAGCUGCCCAUUGCUUGAGGAUUUGAGUUUGAGAGACUGCAGUGCCUAUUCUCUUGUUAUUUCAUCUCCGAAGCUCAAGAAUUUGAGAAUUGAUAACAGAGAAAAAGCUAUUGAUGAUGACCUAGACUUAGAUUGGAAGAUGUGUCUGAGUCUUAAGAUUUCUUGCCCAAAACUUGUGUAUUUGAAGUUAACUGGUUAUGUAGCUAUGAAAUUUCUGUUUGACAGUCUGUAUUCCUUGAAGAAAGCAGUGAUUCAUGCUCAGGAUUUGUUUAGAUUUGAAGAAUCCACUUAUGAUUUGUUUCAUGAUAUUUCUAAAGUGGAAUCGUUGUCAAUCAGCCUUCUCUGUGUUGAACAGUGUUAUUGGCCAGAUGAAGAUGAGCCUAUAUCUCUACCUAAUCUCAAGACUUUGGAGAUAACAGUUGAUGCCUUGCAUAUGCUCAUCCCAUUUCUCAAAUGUCUUCCGGAUCUAGAGUCUCUCCAUUUAAUCUUUCCAAAGCAUGUUUAUGGAUUGAACAAGUGGCAUCUACAAGAAGCCGAAAAAAUCAACAUCUUGACUCGUCGUUUGAAAAAGGUGGAGUUUCUUGAAUUUGAUGACGAAAAGCAGAAACUAGAUUUAGCACGAGCUUUAUUGGAGCAUGGAAAUGAAUUGGAGGGAAUGAUUUUCAGUUGGGGUGAUGAAACCAGGUUCCAUAAGAGGUCAAUGAAGACUAUGAAUCGAGUCUCGAAAUUUUACAAGGCUUCUUCAGUUGUCAAACUCAGAAGUGUAAUUAAAGUCGAGUAGAGCUCAUGAGAUUAUUCAAAGUUACAUAUUUACCCUUUUUACAACACUGUAUUGACUUCACUUGGCUUAGUUACACCCUUAGUCAAACUCAUAUGAUUCUUUGGAAGGAAGAACGGAUGUUGCAAGCUAUCAAUUGAAACUGUAAAUAGUAAAUACAUAUUUGUGUUGCAGGGUAAACCGGAUUUCAUGGUUUCAUGUGGAUGCUUG